AUGGCCGCCUCCACCAUGUCCGUCUGCUCUGACACCUGCACCCACGCCUCCUGGCAGGUGGACGACUGCCCAGAGAGCUGCUGCGAGCCCUGCGGCGCCCCCAGCUGCUGCCAGCCCCGCGGCUGCGCCCCCGCCCCCUGCCUCACCUUCCUCUGCUCCCCAGCGGGCUGUGCAUCCAGCCCCUGCUGCCAGUCCGUCUGCGCCAGCUGCUGCACACCCUCCUGCUGCCGGCCGUCUAGCUGCCAGCCCUGCUGCUGUCCCUGCUCAGCCUGCCAGCCGUCCUGCUGCUGCCCCUGCUCAGCCUGCCAGACCUCCUGCUGCUGCCCCUGCUCAGCCUGCCAGACCUCCUGCUGCGGGCCCGUCUGCUGCAAGCCCGUCUGCUGUAAGCCUGUGUGCUGUGAGCCCGUGUGCUGCACACCCAUGUGCUGCACACCCGUGUGCUGUGAGCCCGUGUGCUGCGGGGCUUCCUCCUGCUGCUGCCAGCCGUCCAGCUGCCAGCCCUGCUGCCGCCCCUGCCUGCCCUGCCCGCCGUCCUCCAGCGUGUCCCUGCUGUGCAGGCCCGUGUGCAGGCCCGCCUGCUGCGUGCCCACCUCCUCCUGCUGUGCCCCCUGCUGCCAGCCCGGCUGCUGCCGCCCGGCGGCCUCGUGCGUGUCCCUGCUGUGCCGCCCUGCCUGCUCCCGCCAGGCCUGCUGUGGCGGCUCCCCGGGCCAGUGCAGCUGCUGA